CGCCAGGACGCCCGUAUCAUUGUGGGGCUCUUCUACGAGACGGAGGCGCGUAAGGUCUUCUGCGAGGUCUACAAGGAGAAGCUGUACGGCAAGAAGUACGUCUGGUUCCUCAUUGGCUGGUACGCCGACAACUGGUUCCGCAUCAAGGAUCCGGCCAUCAACUGCACCGAGGCGGAGAUGGCCGAGGCCGUGGAAGGACACGUUACCACCGAGAUCGUCAUGCUCAACCCUGAGAACACCCGCAGCAUCUCCAACAUGACGUCCCAGGAGUUCAUCGAGAAGCUGCAGAAGCGGCUGGGCAAGAACCCUGAGGAGACAGGCGGCUUCCAGGAGGCUCCACUGGCCUACGAUGCCAUCUGGGCGCUGGCCCUGGCCCUCAACAAGACCUCGGCGGAGCUGGUCAAGAAGGGGUUGCGCCUGGAGGACUUCAACUACAACAACAAGAACAUCACCGAUGAGAUCUACCGGGCCCUCAACUCCUCCGCCUUCGAGGGCGUCUCGGGACACGUUGUCUUCGACGCCAGCGGCUCCCGCAUGGCCUGGACGCUCAUUGAGCAGCUGCAAGGAGGUGUCUACAAGAAGAUCGGCUACUACGACAGCACCAAGGACAACCUGUCCUGGUACAACAACGACAAGUGGAUCGGAGGUGCCCCUCCAGCCAGCUACCCCAAUGUCAUCACCACCUUCCGAUUCCUGUCCCAGAAGCUCUUCAUCUCCGUUUCGGUGCUGGCCUCGUUGGGCAUCCUCCUGGCCAUCAUCUGCCUGGCCUUCAACAUCUACAACGGGCACGUCCGGUCACCGUACCUGAACAACAUGGCGGCUGUGGGCUGCACGCUGGCGCUUGCUGCUGUCUUCCCCCUGGGACUCGACGGGUACCACAUCGGGCCGGGGCUUUUCCCUUUUGUCUGUCAGGCCCGGCUGUGGCUCCUCGGGCUGGGGUUCAGCCUGGCGUAUGGCAGCAUGUUCACCAAGAUCUGGUGGGUCCACACCGUCUUCACCAAGAAGGAGGAGAAGAAGGAGAAGAGAAAGGUCCUCUGCCUCAUCACGGCGCCCGUCACCAUGAUCCUCAGCAGCCAACAGGACGCGGCCUUCGCCUUCGCCUCGUUGGCUGGCGUCUUCUCCUCCUACAUCACCUUGGUCGUCCUCUUCGUCCCCAAGGUGCCGGUGGGGAAGGGGUUGGUGGGGUCCGGGUGUUUCUUCUGGGGUAGGGCGGAACAGUCGUCCUACGUCCUCCCUUGUAGGGUCAAGGUGUUGCCUCUGCAGCCGUGGAGGUUUCUUCUCCAGUAG